GGCUGAGAAAGGCAUCCAAAUGUUGUUUUCCAUCGACUGAGCUCACUUUCUGGAGCUCGAGGAAUGCUUGGACAUUCUUGAGGGCAGCCGGGCCUUUGGUUUCGGCGCCUCGCCACAGGUUGCAAAAGCCCUCGCCCACCGGGGACAGCAAUAUCACCGUAAACGGACGGCGCAAACCCGAAACACAAAGGAAAUCACAUUCCCGCAAAAUUUGGGCGUCGUUCCUUCCACUCUCAUUGAUUGAUUCACUCCAACUCGUGAGAGUUCAAUUUUAUUUUCCCGCUUAUUCCCAUCCACAUUUUUUUCACCUUCAAAUCAUCAGCAUCUCAUCUCGAUCAGCCGCAUCGCAUGCACGAAUCACAAUAUGGCUCGUUCAAAUCCAGAUGAGAUCGACCUCGCCGAGGACGACUUUGACGACACCAGCCCCAACGACUAUGAAGUCGCAGAGGAGGACGCCACCAUGGCCGUCACCAUGGGCUUCACCAGCUUCGGCGGCGGCGAUGGCGCGCGCCCGUCCAAGAAGCGCCGCUUCAAUCCUCGGCUCGACGAGGCCGUCAUCGCAACUGGCGAGCCCGCUCCUGCCGCGCACACGGGCCAGGCCAAGGCAGCCCCGGUAGGGCCAGCAACCAGAGACGAGAUCACGUACACUGACGAUGAUAAUGACAUCUUUUCUAAGAAGGACGACGGCGACGGCGACGGCGCCGACGACCUCGAUCCCGACGGGCCCCCGACGCCCCCGGGGACCGCCUCCCCAGCCUUGACAGCCGGCUCUCAACCAGCCGGCGCCUGGCACAAGCCCGGUAACCCCUCGCGCGGGUGGGGCGGUGCCGGCAGAGGUGGCGCCCAUGGAGGAGGCGGGAGAGGAGGGCGCGGCGGCCGGCUGAACCCUCUCUGGUACGUCGACUACUACGACCCCAGCUUCAACGAGAACCCCUGGGAGGGCAUGGAAAAGUUCAAGGGGCUAGAGCCCGUCGGGACCUGGCUUUCGCGGUCUCGGGGGAGGGAGAAGGAGGUGGGAACGGGGAAGGACGAGCAGCAGCAGCAGCAGCAGCAGCAGCAGCCGGGGGAGGGUGUGGGUGCCGGGCAGGGAUUGGCCGAAGGGGCUGCUACUCCUGCUGAUAGCUGA